AUGGACAAGAAUCCAGACUUGGUAUAUAGUGACAGGUUUGGAAUAAAGAGCAGAGAAUACAUAUCCUUGGGCUGCGAUAUCCUUCCUGUUCUCAAAGGCCGAUCACCUGUUCAAAUUUACUCAGAUUUUAUGAGGAACUUCAGAGAUACAUUUAGAGAGUUCCUUGGGAGUAUUAUAACAGACAUUCAAGUUGGCAUGGGUCCUGCAGGUGAACUUAGAUAUGCUUCAAGCCCUUCUCAAAGGCUUAAAUGGCAUUGGCGGUUUUAUGAAAUUGGAGAGUUCCAGAUCUAUGAUAGGUACAUGCUUGCAUCUUUGAGGGCUAGUGCACAAGAUGCUGGAAAACCAGACUGGGGAAUUAGAGGCCCUGCAGGUCCUGCACGCUUGAGACAGCGUCCCGAAGAGCUAGAGUUCUUUAAGAGUACCGGAAUUUGGCGCACCAUCUACGGUCAUUUUUUUCUUGAAUGGUACUCUGGGAUGUUGCUUCUGCAUGGAGAGAGGUUAUGCAUGGCAGCAAAAACCAUCUUUCAUGGUACAGGGGUGAAUAUAGCUGCCAAAGUGGGAGGGAUAUUCUGGCACUAUCAUACAAUAUCGCAUCCAUCUGAAUUGACUGCAGGUUAUUACAAUACCUCAGGCAGAGAUGGAUACCUCCCCAUCAUCCAGAUGUUCGGCAGGCAUGGGAUUACCUUGUGCUGUGAAUGCUUUGAAUUGGUUGAUCAAGCUGAGAAGAAGUUACACCCGACUAGCAGUCCAGAAGGGCUUGUUAAGCGACUGGUGUUGGCUGCCAAGGCAUGUGAUGUACCCCUAGUGGGUGAAACUACUGACUCUAGGAUUGAUAAUACAUCACAGAAAAAUGUGCUAGAGAUGUUCAUGUUAUACUCAGAUGGUCUCACUGAUCCAUCCAUUUCGUUGAACUUCGGGAAAAUGAACGCAAAGUUGUACAAGCAUGAUAACUGGACCCGCUUUUGCAGUUUAGUUGAGCAGAUGUCCAGAGUCAAUGAUUUUCAAUCCAAACUAAACUAUACCACCGGGGAUGGUCCGCGAUCUGUUUCUUCUGUAUUAGCAACUGAGGCUUUUGCAUACUCUUCUUAG